AUGGCACGGGUACCAUGGGAAGUCUCCAUGCUCUUCCUGCUUAUGCUCCAUCCUCCAGGGGGGAUGCUGUCAAAAAGGGCCAGAGAGGAGGAGCAUCUGUGGAAGGUUCUGUCCGGCCGUGAAAAGCCCAAGGUGAAGAGAGGCAUCGUGGAGCAGUGCUGCCACAGGCCGUGCAGCAUCAACCACCUGGAGGACUACUGCAACUGA